AAACACAUUACUUCAAAACGUAUUUGUGUUCACCGUAUUGUUUAUCGUUCUUUGUUGCCAUGACAAUAGCCGCUUGGUGAAGGCGUGUUACGCAAGUGUACUUUGACUGCAGUUCACCGCAGUGGCCUGCAGGGGUCAGAGUUAACAGGUACCACAGCAACCGCAGCAUCCCGGAUCAGAGAGAAAGAGAGAGAAGUGAGCACCGAAGCUGAAGAGAGAUGCUCCUCUCAAAGCAUCGAGCUGAAGCGAGCUCGUUCAGUCAGCGGGUCUGCUGUGGGAGAGAGCGGGCGGAGAGUGGGCUGAAUGAGGGCAGACUGAACCUGUGAUUCUCGAAGGUUUGCCACCAGAUGAAUGAACAAGGCAUUUCAAGGUCCUCAAAGCUGAUGUGAUGUCAUCAAGUGCAUUGCCCUGUUAAGAAACAAACAAACACAGCUCAGUUCUUUGGCGGUAUCUUGGAACAGAAAUGGAAAUAAUGUGAGAUUAGGUUGUGAUUCUGCACUCCAUCCAAACUGUAAACUUUGAAAGCCUAGGUACAGGCAAGUGAGAGAACAAUACAUUUGAUGGAUCCAGGAUUAUUGUGGAGCUUUUGAGAGGGAAGCUCAGACUUAUACAACAUGAAUGUGCAAGGAAAGAUACAAGCCAGUGAAGUCAACCAACAAGAAGAAAUACAGAACGACGACAAGCAGCCUUUACUAGAAACAGUGGAAGACGCCAAUGCCAAUCAAAUCACCAAAGAGAACAUUUAUUCAGAUUACAGAGAGCAUGGCAGCCCACUACCCCCUCUGGUGUCGCACUCCGAAGCCCAGGAGAGGAUCAUUAUCUGGGGAACACAUACUCGAAGUGAAGACCCUGAGCUUGAAGAGUUUGAACUGCUGGAGUGUCAAGAGCUAGAAACAUUUGUAGUGGAAGAAGAAGAACAGGUAGACAUGCAGAGUGAAAGAAGCAGGAAGGGAGCAAAGAACUUCAGUGACAAAGAGUUGUCAUCUACAGCCAUCAGCACCACUUUUGGCUCCCCUUGGAAAGACCACAAUGAAAACCAUAGUGUGGAUGGAGAUGUAAAUGAGAACUCUCAGCCCCUUGACCUCAGGACCUCCAGCUCUCGCUCUGGUGCGAACCGGACCCUGAGAGAUGCACGAAGUGGUUCUGAGAGCAAUGUCUUUUCAUCUUCUCUUUCUGCAGUGACCAGCCUCAGUGGAAGUUUAGCCAGUGCCCUGGACAGUGCAGGCCGCACACAGCCUCUCUCUUCCCAGUCCACCAAGUCUACCUCAGACAAAGGCAGGAACCAGCAUCCAGCUACUACCGAGUCCUACAUCCACUCAGAGAGAAACAGGGAGCUUCCCAGGGAUUUGGACCAAAACCAUAACUCUACCACACUGCCUCAGGAACCACAAUAUGACCGAAGUAAGCUAAUGCAUCCUUCAUUUGGAGCAGUAAAACUGCAAAAAUUCCAAAUGGAAGCAGAGCAGAAUGCUGGGAAAAGGAUGUCAACCGAGGUGCCGAAAGGUAUGGUGAGGGUGCUGCCUUCUUGCAGGCAGCUAGUCCGCCCUCUUUCUACUGAAAAACGACUAACCUCAGGAUACCCCAGCAUAGACACCCAGGCAGACCAGCAACAAUCCCACUUCUCAGAGACAGGUCAGACCCAUCCACAAGUGCUGCCGACUACAGAAGUCAACAGCAAUCCCAUCGCAGACUCAGAGACACCUUCCAACCAGACUUUUACGCAAGAAGCCCAACGCUUGAAGAGGCAAAGCUCAGCAGAUCGUGCUGCAAGUCCCUCCAGCCUAGAAAGGAAGACUCACUUCAGCCGACGGGCCUACAGCAGUCCGACUAGACCUUCAACACCUCCAUCUCCCAAGACCAUAAGAUCUCCUCAAAGACAGCCUCCUUCCUCACCCAUCAAGACUUUACCUUCUCGAGGUCCUCAGUUGGGUUAUGCUGGGUAUAGCUCGGGCUUAAGAGCCCCAGUUAAAACCACAAUCAACACAAGCAUCCAUAAAACUCCUCCACAGCAGGCGUCAAUGGAGACUUCCCCUCCAAGCAAGUGCCUGCCAAAACCGAAAAGCGUCCGGCCCAAAAUCAUUACGUACAUUCGGAAGACACCCCAAGUGAAACCCCAGUCUCUUGAGGGAACUUACGAGGUGUCGUCCUUACCUACGAGACUCUCAACAUACAGCAGCACACAGGCCAAACCAGCGGUCGGAGAUCAAGGGGAAGCCACUGUGCUGAGUGCCUCAAAUUUACUCUAUGAUAAGUAUCGUCAAGAGAUGCAGAAGGUUCGGUUCUUCUCGCCUGGACUGAUGGUGUCUGGGAUUAAGCCACCCAGCAACACCAUGCCCCAUAAAAUGGCAGGCAGAGCAGACAGCUUCUAUGGGUCUCUCAACAAGCCUCUGUCUGCAGCGAUGGGCAGAUCUCCAUUAGCCCUUGGGUCUCCAGUUUCUGGAGCCGACGACCCUUCUGGACCCUCUAUGGCAGCACAGGAUAUGGGGAGUCUUUAUCGUCCACCACGGGGCCUAAGACCCCAGCUUGGUGUUGGUGCUGUAAACAGGACUCCCUCUGCAGCUGUCAAGAACAGGAUGGUCCUAACAGGUCAGCCGAAGUCACCACUGACCCUCAGUCAACCAAUGCAGGCAGUAAACCCAACCACUCAAACCCCUCAGGAACCUCAAGAUCAGAGAAAGCCAGUGGCGAUUGGGUUAGCUGCUAAAUCGCUGCUGCCGAAGCCAUCUCAGUCUGGCCUGCGUCCUCCCGGUUACUCACGCCUCCCGCCGGCUCGUCUGGCCGCCUUUGGGUUUGUUCGGAGCUCUAGUGUCUCCUCUGUGUCCAGCAACCACUCGACCGACAGCACACGGAGUGACCCCUGCCGACCCACCUACCGUCCCAACAGUGUAAAUGAUGAGCCGCCACCGCUUCACCGUGUCACCACGUCACCUCCUGGAGAUGGAUCCAGAGCACCGUGCCGUAACACCCCUCAACCCCCCAACACCCCUGCACCCACACGCCGCUCCCUGCUGCCCCCUCCUCGAAGCUCCCCCGUGGCAUCCCGUAAGGAAUUCCAGAAGAGUUCUGAUGGCAUCCGAUCAUCUCUUUCCUCCCCAAAGAGACUCGCUGUAGUGUCUCCAAAACCGCAGUCUCCAGUCCUUCAGAGGCAACAGAGGGCAACAGUGGCGGUCCGAGGCUCAAGCAUGCAGAUUUUGCCUCGUACUGGCUCUCCGGGCCCAGAGAAGAAAAAAGAAGAAGAGCAGAAGAAAGAAAAAGAGCGAGAGGAAGUAGAGAGGCAUGAAGAGAUGCAGCUCUUGCAGGGUCGCUGUGAAGAACAGGCCAGACAACUACAGACUCUUCAGACAGAACUAAAGAAAACCAGCAUGAGACUGGAGGUCUUUGUGAUCUGCACUCAGCACUUCUCCCUCAAGAGUGAAAGUGCUGAGGAGAAGGAGAGAGAGUUGUCCCAGGAACUCAGUCGGAUUCAACAUGAAGUGGCCUUUAAUGCAGCUCGCUGGGAGCGUCUUCAGAAGGAGAAGAGAGAGCUGGAGGAGUGUUUUGAGAGGGAGCUGAGAGAGUUACAGGUGCAGCAGGAGUCUGAACUCGCUACCGUAGAGGAGAACCUGAGAUUACGGCACGCUUCAGACAGAGACCAUCUCAGAGCAGAGCACCAGUCAGAGGUGGAGGAGCUGCACACACAGCACCAGGAACAGAUUGAAGAGUUGACUGCCAACCAUGAGGCCGCCCUUGAAGACCUAAAGACCAUGCACAACAUCACAAUGUCAACACUGCAGGAAGAGCAUGCCAGGACCAUGAGGGACUUAAGGAAAGCCCAUGAGCAGCAAAAAGCCAGUCUAGAAGAGGACUUUGAGAAACUGCGCCUCUCGCUUCAGGACCAAGUGGACACUCUGACUUUCCAGAACCGGACUCUGAAAGACAAAGCCAAGCGUUUUGAAGAAGCUCUGAGGAAGAGCACUGAUGAACAGAUUGUGGAUGCACUGGCGCCAUAUCAGCAUAUCGAGGAGGACUUGAAGAGUCUGAAGGAGGUUCUGGAGAUGAAGAACCAGCAAAUUCAUGACCAGGAGAAGAAGAUCUGUCAUCUGGAGAAAGUGCAGGCCCAAAAGAACCUGUAUCUGGAGGAGCGGGUCCAGGUGCUUCAGCAGCAGAAUGAAGACCUGAUGGCCCGCAUUGAUCGCCAUCUCACAGUGUCGAGACAACUGUCUGAGGAGAACGCAAACCUUCAGGAGUAUGUGGAGAAGGAGACCAACGAGAAGAAACGGCUGAGCCGCAACAAUGAAGAGCUGCUCUGGCUUCUCCAGACGAGUCCCCAUCUGUCUCCUUCCUCUUCUCCCAUCCACAGAGCCUUCUUCCCCAGCCCUGAUAUCCCUCCUUACCCUUACUCUCCGGGUCCUGGGACCCCCACGCACUCCUGUUCUCCUGGCCCCUGUACGCCUUCUCACAAGGUGGCAUCUUCAGCACCAGGGACGCCCACUCUCAGAGGCUCACCAGCAGCACGCUCGUCCCCUGCCCGGAUCCCAAACGCCAACACUUUACCCAGAUGAGCUGUUUUAUUGAAUCCCAGCCCAUUACUGUCCAUUGUAACAGCAUUGUAUCGUUUUGGCGUGCAGACCGUCCAGAUUUUAUUUAUUAAGAUAAUGUCAACUCCAAUGGCCAGACAGCCUUUGUCACUUCCGUUUGUUGACGCAAAAGGUUUUUGUCUCAGAGAAUCAGACUUCGUAAAUGCGUAGCAUCAGAAUGAAAGAGCUAAUGAUGCUAAUGCUAAUGCUCAUGAUGUGCUGCCAACAAUGCUUGGUCUGCAUGGAGGCAGGACCGUUUUUGUGUAUAACUUUGACUCUAAAACAUGCUGUUGGACUCCAACACAAAUGUCUGUAGUUUCUUCUGAAUGACAUAUGAGAACUUUAUACAACAAAAAGCACUUUAGGUUCCUGCCCUACCUUCUUCCUACAGAUAAAUGCACCAGCAUUUUUUGUGGUCUGGUUUAUUUUUUUAUGCGAAAUGUCUUCUGAUUUUACAAAUCUCCCAAGUUCUGAUUUAGAAUGUUUCGAAUUAGUCAAGACACAUAUACUGCAAAAUGUCAUUUUCUUAAUUUUUUACAUACAGUAAAAUUAUCAACAUUUAUUUAUUUUUUAUCCUAUCCCCAUGGGCAUUUUUUAAAGCAUAACUUUAAAUAUAUAUACAUAUAUACAUACACUACCAUUCGCAAGCUGAUCUCAUGACGAAAACGUACCUGUGGGAAUUUUUCCGCAAGACGUGAAAUACGUAGCGCCAUGUACGCUUCGUGUCAUAUUUGAUGUGAAAUGUUUCAGGAUUCCCAAGGAUUCCGCAUCUUAAGUCCAUGUCGGCUGAGCUACCAAACAAGCUUGUUACAUCUGGAAAGUGAACCAUAUGGAGCCGUAAUCAUAACUGUACGAAAACGAUUACAAGUGCUCAAUGUUUUACCGCCUCUAGUGUUCAUUUCUGUUGGAAACUGCAGCGAUAUGUACUUAUUGUUACAUAUUUCACAUCUUACGAAAAAUUUCCAUCAGGUACGUUUUCGUUUUGAGAUCAGGUAGACCAUUCAAAAAUAUACAAUAAAAAUGGUAACAUUGUGAAAUAGUAUUACUAUUUAAAAUAGCUGUUUUCUAUUUUAAAUAACUGUAGGGGUAAACAAAAAUGCUUAUUAAGAAAACGAUUUUUGCAGUAUAAAGGCCUUUUCACAUUGUCUUAACAAACUGCAAUGCCUUCCACCGGUGCAAGAGCAGUUACAGUCCUGGACUCUCCAAAAGACUAAUCCAGCUAAUAUCAAAACCAGCUUUUUUAAGCAAGUGUUUCUUCAUACACAGAUCAGUUUGUUGAUAUGACAGCUUCGCUGGCACGGAUUCAUUGUGCCCGUUUUUACUGGUUGCUUGGUUAACAAGACAAAAAACUCUUCAGCAUCAAGUCUGUUCUUCCUGUUCUGCCUAACUUAUCUGACAAAAGCAAGUGCUCUCACUUCAUGCAUGACAUAAAACAGGGAGAUCAAACAAAUGUAUAGGUACCGACUACAGGAAAUGUUGUUGUAAAUUGUAGUUGUAAUUUUUAUUAGUACUUUGUAAUUUAAUGGACAUUUUGCUACUUGAUGUGCAUGUGAUGUAAGUCUUCCAUUCUUAAUGUGAAUCCUAGGAUAGUUGUCAUGUUAGCGUAGAUACUCGGACUCCUGAGGAUGAUAGCUUCCACCUCUGAUUAGUUUUUUUUUUUAAUGUUUGAGGGCGAUAUUUUACCCAUAACUACUAGGACAGUAGUACUAGGAGUUUCUUCUUUAUGUCACACCUGUCAGAGGUGUGUUGCAGGUAUGUUAUAGAUGUGUAAAAGUUUUACAGAGGUACAAUAUGGCAGUUAAACGUAUGUUUGGAUUUAUCUUUAUUGUAAUGCUGGUUAACUCUUGUAUUACCUCUGUAAAGUGUAGCAUAACCUAGAGAGAGAUUUCUCUGUAUGAGUGAACUAGAAAAGAAUGUAACUGUGUCUUUAAAUGUUGUAUGAUAAAGUUCAGGGAAAUAAUUUUGCUCUGUUUUCAAGGCAGUUUUUGGUUGUUUUUUGUUUUGUUUUUUAAUGAAAAAUAAGAAGACAUUCCUCUUGCAAAGUGGGUUUUGAUAUUUCAAAACAAAGUGGCCAUUUCUUUGAAUUUUUUAAAAUUUGGAUUUUUUUUUUUUUUUUUUUUUACGAUUGAUACAUCUUUCAAUGGUCAACCUUUGACACUUUUGAUAUGAAUGAGAAAUUUUGUACUCUUCACUGAUAAUAUUUUUCUAUUAUCAGUUGGUGCUUGUACAGGGUAUCAUACACAGAAGUACAAUAAUCUGCUAUUCAAGACCAGCAAUCUACAAAAAAAAUCCACACACACACAGCAAGUAUGUAUUUGCAGAUGUUUUUCUUCAUUUGAGACACUAUUGUUUACAGUUUAAUUUUUUUUUAUUACUGUGAAAUGUAUUUUUAUUCUAUUUCUAAUGCAUUUUCAAAUUAUGUAGCUUUGCAUUUUGAAUUAAUUUCAUUUGCUUCUGUCACUGUGAUAGAAAUGAUUUGUCGUUGUUCAUUUUUUGCUACUCUGGCACAGAUUCAAAGGAGUUUCCUGGAUGUUUCCUGUCAAGCACAAUACUGUUAUAUACCACACCCAAAAAAAGUUGAAUAUUUUAAAAGCGUGUUUUUUAUUAUUAUUAAAACAUUUUAUUAAACAACAGCAGAUCAUUUUACAUUAGUAACUUGUCUAUAAUUCUGAAUAAUUUUGAUUCACAAGAAGUACAUAAAUGUUUCAGCAAUGUGCCUUCAUUUAUUGUGCAAAGUAGCAAAAAUGAAAUGGUUAUUACAUUAUAGCCACCUAACAAACAUGCUUCUAAUAUCUGGUUUAAUACAAAAAAAAAAAAAAACAUCUUUUUAAUAUUGGUUUGCUUAUUUUAUUUAUUCGUUUUCGUUUUUGUUUUUUUUUACUGAAUAAUUUUAAAACUAGAUUGAUUUUACUAGUAUUUAAUUUAAUUUUCCAUUUUAAUUUUGUUUUACUUUUUUCAUAUUGUGUAUAUUUAUAUUUAUGUUCUAAUUGUCUCAACAAAAAAACCUCAGCAACCUCAAUCUGCACCUGCUAUGGUUUAUAACAAAGUACAAAAUUGUUACUAAUCUACAUUUACUAAAAGCAGUAAAUAUGUAUUUAAUUGUAUACUUAAAAAUCCUGUUUUUGUUUUCUGUAUGGCCCUCAAGAUGACCUUCACUAUGGCAUUAGUCCAUAGAUUAUAAUGAAUGACAUGAAACAGCAGAAUCCUGAUCUAAGACACUGACACUUUGUCCUGUGGACAUCUAAACUACUGAAUGUUAGCUUAUCCCUGAAAAUACUGACACAGUCAAUGUAAACUGGGAGUGGUGGAGUCACUUAUUGGACUGAAUGAAAUUUGUCCAUCUGUCUAUUUACUAACAUUUGACUUCUAUAAUGUCUUUUCUGACUGGAUUUACAGUCAUUUGUAAGCUAUUUAUUGUGUUGUAGUGUACAGUAAUCGAUGCAUGUUUGUCUUGGAUGGAUCAUUCCUUCCCCUUGUUCGUUUUCAACUUGUGAUGGUUCACUCUGUAACUGUAGCAUAGAAAAUAUAAUAAGGAAUGGAAAGAAUUUAUAUAUAACUCAUUUGUAUUCACUACGGGGGGUGGGGAUGAAUAUUAAAAUGUUUCAAA